CCAUCUCUCUCCCUCUCUCUUCUCUCGCUCUCUCUCUUCUCUCUCUCUCUCUCGGACGCGCUCUCCCGGUAGCACUUUGCUUUUGCACUUUGCCGUCCCGUCGAGUGAUCCCAAGCAUCCCGCAAGAUGACCAUCAACACCCUGGCUAAAGGAGGGUGUCAUCGGGAGCAAAUGGCAUGCUUUCGAAAGAUGGAGAAAGUGAUAGUGGCCAUGCAGGACCCUGACAUGGGCAUGAAGAUGAGAAACCAGAGGCUUCUUAUAACUGUCAUUCCACACGCCAUGACAGGCCAUGAUAUAAUUGCCUGGUUGACACACAAAUACAGAAUCAGCGAGGAGGAGGCUCUGCACCUUGGCAACAUGCUGGUGAAAUAUGGAUAUAUUUACCCCCUCAAAGAGCCGAGGUGCCUUGUGCUACGGCCCGAUGAGUCACCCUACCGCUUCCAGACUCCUUAUUUCUGGACUAGUACCAGGUGGCCCGCAUCAGAGCUGGACUAUGCAAUCUAUCUGGCUAAAAAGAAUAUAAGAAAACAAGGCGAACUGAUGGAAUAUGAGAAGGAAAGGUACAGUCUGUUGCACAAGAGGAUCAACCACACCUGGGACUUUGUUGUGAUGCAAGCCAGAGAGCAACUCAGAGCGUCCAAACAGAGGCGGAAGGCUGACCGCAUUGUUCUGGAGUGUCAGGAGCAGGCUUACUGGCUCAUCAACAGACCCCCGCCUGGGGUUAAUAACGUGUUGGACACAGGCUUGGAGCGACCAAAUAACUUCAGCUGCAGAGUCACACUGAACAGUGACUACUACAAAAGAGAGAUUGAAGCCUGUAGAAAGGCUCUUGGAAGAAACCGUGUAAAAUCAUCCAUCUGCCUAGAAGGUUUUCUGAAAUACAGCGAGCAGUACCUGAACCACGAUCCUAUUAUGCAAGGCUGCCUGCCCAGUAACCCCUGGAUCUCUGAUGACACCGCGCACUGGACGAUGAAUGCAGAAAUAGUGCCGGUCCCGACGCGUCUACGAGUAGAACGCUGGAGCUUCAGCUUCAUGGAGCUCCUCAACGAUGCCAUGGGGAGGAGGGAGUUCAUGACCUACCUGGAGAAGGAAUUCAGUGCGGAGAACCUGUAUUUCUGGCAGGCGUGUGAGGAUAUCAGACAUGGAGAAAGCUCCAAAAUCGUAGAGAAAGUGGAAGACGUCUACAAGAAUUUCCUGGCUCCUGGAGCGGCCCGCUGGGUCAACAUCGACAGCAAGACAAUGGAUAAAACCUUAGAGGGGAUUAAACGGCCGCACCGCUUUGUCAUGGACGACGCGCAGAUGCACAUUUACUUCCUCAUGAAGAAGGACUCCUACCCAAGGUAUCUCAAAUCUGACCUGUACAAGAACAUGCUGGCCAAAGCCAUCGUCCCCCAGGAAACCAAGAAAAGUGUGUUCCCCUUCAUGAGACGCCAGAGGCACUCUAGCCCCUCCCCUGCUCAGACUGCCACCCAGGCAGCAGAGGAAGAAGGCCUUGCCAAGGGGGCAGGUGCCAACUCUGCAGCUGGCUCGCAUUUCUGAUCCAGGCCAAAAAAAAGAACCCAAAAAAGACUCGGUCACUUUACUCUCCAUUGUCUGAGUUUUUUCUUUAAAGUCAAACAGAGCUUCUCGUACACCGCAGCAACAGCACUAGAGCUUUGAGAAACAGGUGUCAUGGCACACCUGAGCAGCAUGACACUGAAGGACGACCAGUGAACCACAGAGAAGAGCUUUUUAUACACCCUUUAUUGUUGCAUCCUCAUCCCAUCACAGUGUGCUGAAUAGUUUUUCCUAUGAUCCCUAUAUCAGGUGUUCUUUUUCUAUAGAAUCCUGAGCCGGUUUAGGUAAAGGCGUCGGUAACAUGAUAUUUCUUCAGAGAUCUGCCUCAGUGUGACUGUGAUUGUUGUGCAGUUUGCUUGUGCAGUUGGAGCUGCACAUUGCGUUUGUCGUUGCGGUUCAGUUUUCUCAAGCAUGCUCUGAACUCAGUAAAAAGUCACAACAGCAGUUAGUGUGGUGCUACGGCCUCAGCCCUGCAUGCUGUGAAUACCUGUGAGAGUGUGUGGAUCAGCGACCAGCUUUUAGAGCACCUUUUCUUUCCUCUUUUUCUACCACACACUGCUAAUCGAUUUCAUGGUUUAAGUUUUUAAAUCCCCAGAAAAAAGUAAAGUAAAAAAAAUAAAUAAACAAACGUUCCCACUGAAAUUUGUACUUCGGUCAUUUAACCCUUCCUAUGGCUACCUGCAGGAGCUUUAAAAGGCUCAUUAUUUGCAUUAUUUAUUGUAACACUUCUGUUGCUUCUACUUCCUUAUAAUUAUAACCGUUCUGUGCUGGCUCCCUCUACUGGCUGCAUGUGACCAAAGCAACACGUUUUCAAGUUUCCUGGAAAAACUACAGCCUGUGAUCCUUUGUGGCAGGUGUGAUCCCCGAGCUGUGAGCACCCUUUUCCUUCUCAGAACAUUUUAUCUGAAGUCUGAAGAUGUGAAAGUAAUGUGUGAAAUAAAAUCUACAUCUUAA